AUGGGGAUAUGGCUGGGCUGGGGCUGGCUCCUUCUCCCAGUUUGCCAGGCUCUGGUGGUCCCCAGGGAGGUCAGCGGCCGGGUGGGGGAGAAGCUCUCCCUCCGCUGCUGGUACCCACCGGGCUACGAGGACUACAACAAGUACUGGUGCCGGGGGGCCAGCCGGGACUCCUGCCGCAAGGUGGUGGAGACAGCGGGCAGGGAAGCGCCCCGGCAGCACGGCCGGGUCUCCAUCCAGGACAGUCACAUCUUCUGCGUGGUUACGCUCACCGUGGAGCACCUCUCCGAGGCAGAUGCUGGGAGUUACUGGUGCGGGGUCGAGAGGAUGGGCAGGGACCUGAUGGAGCCGGUGACAGUGAGGGUGGUCCCAGGUAAGCCCUGUCCAGCUGGCUGGAGGUUUUGCUGGCCAGGACUCUUUCUGGAGAGGCCGCUGGCUCGUGGGCCGGUAGUGGCCUGGGAGGAGGCAGCGUUCCAAGAAAGAGCCCCUGGGACCCAUUCCCACCCCGUGGCUGAGGGGCUGCGGGAGGGCACCGGCACACAGGGCACUGCAAAAACGAAGCCCCAGCCUUGUGAGGGAAGGAACCAGCCCCGCUCCUCUCCCCUCGCCUCCAGCCCCGGGGGGCCAGCCCUGAGUGCCCUGGUGCCUAGCGCGGUCCUGCUCUCCCUCCUGGCUGCCACCGGUUCCGCCGGCCUCCUCUGCACCCUGCGCAGGAGGAGGGAAGCGCUGCCCCCUCGCACCAAAGUCCCCACCGCCCCCUGCAAGCCGGGCACUGCCGCGGAGCCAGACCACAGCCUCAUCUACGACAACGAGCUGGACCUGGCAGAGGGUGGCUGCAGUGACACGGAGCAGGACCCCAAGCUGGAGAAUGACGGUAUCUACACAAACACCCUGUGUCAAGAGGAGGUGAUGGGGAUGCCCGGCCAACAUUUCCCGGGAGAAGAGGUUUCCUACUUGUCCUAG